AUGGUUGACAUAAGGAUUAGCAUAAUUGUAGACAAAAAACGAAGUUGUGGGAAGCUGUUUGCUGGAGAUCCCUGUGCCCCCAAUAUGUAUUGUUGUGAUGAAUAUAUCAUAUGUGAUGGUGUGAGGGCUGGUAUAACGGAAUCACGAAGUUGUGGGAAGCUGUUUGCUGGAGAUCCCUGUGCCCCCAAUAUAUGUGGCCGUCGGCUAUAUUCGUGUUCAACCGGCUGUGACUCUGUGGUAGACCUAAGACCAGACCAGUCCUACCAUUCAGACGGGGCUCUCAUUCCCAUACAUACAGACAAAGUGCUUCCCAACUCUUAAGAGGUCUGCAUUUUGAUCACCG